AGUUAGCAGCCCGAGAUAAACGGAUAUGAUAGAAAAAUGACUGAAGAAUCUGCUGUUAAAGUCUGUGUUAGGGUCCGACCCCUCAUUAGGCGUGAGGUGUCAGAAAAUGCAGAGCCAGUGCAGUUAUACUGGAAGGCUGACAAACAAGCUAUUCACCAGAUUGAUGAUGAUGGCAACUUGACCAAAACUUUCAGCUUUGACCGAGUUUUUAAUGCAGAGGAGUCCACCAAUCAACUUUACCAAGACAUUGCCAAACCCCUGGUUGUGUCCACUGUAGAAGGAUACAAUGGAACCAUAUUUGCCUAUGGUCAGACUUCUUCUGGAAAGACUUUUACAAUGAUGGGCAGUGAGCACAUUCCUGGGGUGAUUCCUCUUGCCAUGGCUGAUGUUUUUCUUACAAUCAAAAAUUGUCCGAAGAAAGAGUUUCUUCUCCGUGUGAGUUACAUGGAAAUCUACAACGAAACUGUAACAGAUUUGCUGUGUGAAAGCUGGAAAAGAAAACCUCUGGAAAUCCGGGAAGGAAACUAUAAAAACGUCUACGUGGCAGACCUGACAGAAGAGCUGGUGACCUCUCCAGAGCAAGCCCUGGCCUGGAUCCGGAAGGGAGAAAAAAACCGUCACUAUGGAAAAACAAAAAUGAACGAGCGCAGCAGUCGCUCUCACACUAUUUUCCGCAUGAUUCUGGAGAGCAGAGAAAGAAGUGACCCGGCAUCUGGUGAAAGUGCAGACGGAGCCAUCAUAGUUUCACAUCUGAAUUUGGUGGAUCUUGCUGGAGCUGAAAGAGCGAGUCAGACUGGAGCUGAGGGCGCUCGUUUGAAGGAGGGAUGCAAUAUCAAUCGCAGCCUGUUCACUCUGGGACAAGUCAUCAAGAAACUGUCUGACGAGAGCCAAAAAGGUUUUACAAAUUACAGAGACAGUAAACUGACGCGGAUCCUUCAAAACUCUUUGGGUGGGAACGCCAAGACGGUCAUCAUCUGCACAAUCACGCCGGCCACUGUGGAUGAAACCGUGAGCACUUUGCAGUUUGCCAGUGCAGCAAAGCGCAUGAAGAAUGACCCUCAUGUUACAGAGGUCUCAGAUGAUGGAGCUCUUCUGAGACGCUAUCGCAAUGAAAUUGUGGACCUCAAGCGACGUCUGCAUGAGGUUUCUUCCGUCACCCAAACAACCGUGACUGAGAAGGAAUCUCUGACUCAGCUUCUACAAGAGAAGGAGCAGCUACAACGAGAACAAGCAGAUCGAAUCAGAAAUCUAACCAAGCUUUUAGUGACCGCAUCAAAUGUGGUGCAGGUUCAAAAGGUUCCUAAAAGAAGAGUGACAUGGGGUGGAAAGCUCUUGAGAUCAGCUCAGCUAGUGGCAGAAGACCAGGGAUCCUCUGACAUGAGCUUUGCUGAGCCCUAUUUCAAAAAGAGACGAGCUGACCUCACCGUGACCGAGGAAGGAGACGAGAUGGACGACUUUGACCAAUUCUACUCGACCACAGACGAUACUGCCAUUGAACUGGAGAUGAACCAGAGUACUGUUAUGAUGCGCAGCCCUGCGGAGAGCCUUUGCCCUGACUCUCCUCAGCUGGUGUACAGAGUCGAGUCUUUGGAGCGUCAGUUAGAGACGGAGACUCGGGAGAAACAAAGAGCAGAAGAAAAGAGUUCAGCUUUUGAGCAGAGGACCGAAGAGCUUGAGAAGCAGCUUCAGGCCUCGGAGCAACAGUUGAAGGUGGAAGUCGAGGAGAAACAAAAAGCUGAGGAGAAAUUUGCUGCACUGGAGGUGAAGGUCGCAGAUCUGGAAAAGCCUUCUGGUCAGGAAAAGACCAGCACUGACUGUGAACAGUACCUUGGUGAGACCAUACAGCUCUGUGAGAGACUUAGCUUUGAGAGGGAAUCAAUCGCUACGGAGCUGGACGUGCUAAAACAGACCCUUGAGCUCCAGACUGAGGACAUCGAGAGGCUGAAGCAGGACAACGAGGCUCUUCUUAAAGACAAAGAAGCGCUGCAGAAGGACAAAGAGACUGUCCUGAAAGAGAUCGAGGAGCGAAACGAUGCGGACGAGUUUGAGAAACUCGAGCAGGAAAGCAAGAAGGACUAUGAGCGAGAGUUGGAGGCUGAAAUCUCUGCACUGAAAAAGGCCUCAGCAGACACACAAGUUCUGGUCCAGAAGCUCAAGGCUGAUCUGGAAACCUUGUCAGGCAAGCUGAGGAAGAAGGAAGACUUGGUGACUGAGCUACAGACCAUGAACGGUAAGGAUCUUGUUCAGGAGGUCACGCGACUCCGACGUUCAUUAGACGAUGCUGAGGGACUCAAUUUGGAGACCAAAAGGGAGUGGGCCUUCCUGCGCAGCGAGAACAUGUCCCUCAAAGAAAGAGAUGGGAUCUUGACUGCCGAACACGGGCAGAUGGAGACCGAGGUGAAAUCCCUGCAGCACUCGCUGGAGAACGAGAAGGCGCGUUUUAAGAAGAUGCAGGCCGACCUUCAGAAAGAGCUGCUCGUGGCUUUCGACGAGAACACCAAGCUGACUUCCCUUCUUGACGGCAAAGUUCCUAAAAACCUACUGGAGAACCUCGUCCUGGAGAAAAGGGUCGCGGACCUACGGAAGGAGCUGGAGAAGAGCCAGGAGAGCGAGACGGCUCUGCAAAGCAAGCUGGACGAACUGAAGCCUCUGGAGCUGCUUCCUGCCAAAGUGGAUGAUUUGUUAAGACAGGUGUGCGAGCUGUCCGAGGAGCUCUACUCCGUGCAGGGCGAGAGGGACGGUCUCGUCUCCGCUCAGGCUAACUCCACCGAGGAGAAGGAGAGACUCGUAGCCCAGGCUGAGAAAGCCCAGCAAGAACUUGGUAAAAUGCUGGAUGAUUUGGCUGAAGCAGAACUGAAAGAAUCUCAGCUGAGCCAGCAGCACAGAGCCACCACAGAGCAGCUCGCACAGGUCCAAGCAGACCUGGAACGUCUCUCGGAGGAAAACGCACGCCUGCUUACCACCUUGGAGGAAGCUAACCAGAAGUCUGUACAGCUGGGUGAGGAAGUUGAACUGCUUCGCUGUGCACAAGACGCGCAUCCGUCCGAGCCAUCUGAGGACGUUCAGAAGGAACUGCAGACUCUUCGCUCAGAAUUAACGUCUACGGCUGAAGAGCGAGACCAGCUCCAGGAGGCGCUCCAGGUCCUUAAAGAAGAGAAAGAACAACUGAAGACUGACAUGGAGGAAAACGUAGAAAUGAUGAUCGAGAAUCAGGAAGAACUGAGAACAACCCUGGAGAAGGUCAAGCAGCAGAAGGAAAAAAUACUGACGCUGGAGGCUCAGAAAGAUCAACUUGAGUCCAAACUUUCUCAUUCGGCUGACGGUGAGCAGGACGGCGUUGUGGAGGAGCUGAAAACACAGGUGAAACAGUUACAGGAGGAUCUGCAGUCGGUCUGUGCAGACAGAGACAGUCUUCUGUCUGAGAAAUCUCUCUGUGCCACGGAGGAGUUGGAAAGGAUGCAGGCCAGCAUCGGCUCUCUGACUGAAGAGCGAGACCAGCUUCGAGAGAUCCUGCAGGGGCUGAGAGAGGAGAGAACCCAGCUGAACAGAGCAAUGGAGGAAAAAGUUGAGAUGAUCAUCCAGUUCCAGUCAGAGUUAAACAAGGAGCAGGUCACCGCUCGUGAACGUCACUUCACCGACUCUGUUUGUAUAAGCAGUGAGAGAGAAGAGAGUCUGCUUCAACAGAUUGAGGAUCUUAAGAGGGAGACGACAGAGAUGACCCAGCAGGACACCCAGCUUAGAACCGAACUUCAGACGAUGUCUGAUAAGGUCGACGAGCUCUCCACAGUGCUCCACACCGUCCAAGGCGAGAAGGACGAUUUGCUCGCUGUUCAGUCCACCUUAAAUGAAGCCAACCUGAGACUUAAGGAGGACGUCGACAAGGUCCAGGACGAACUUGUCAAAAUGGAGAGUCAGAUGAUUGAUUCUCAGCUGAAGGAAGCUGAAGUCACUGAGCAGCACACACAAACCAGCGAACAGCUCGCAAAGGUCCAGGCAGACUUGGAACUCCUCACUGUGGAAAAGAACCAACUGCUCACCUCUCUAGAACAGGCCAACCUGAAAGCGGCACAGUGGAGCGAAGAGCUUGAAUCACUCCGCUGUGAUAGGGGAACACUUCUGUCUGAGAAAGUAGAGAGCGCUGAGGGUUAUGGAGAGGAGGUGGUGAGUCUUCGAGCAGCAGUUACUUCAGUAACAGAGGAGAGAAACCAGCUUCAGGAGAAUCUUCAGACUCUGAUGGAGGAGCAGAACCAGUUGAAGAGAGAACUGAACGAGACCAGUGACCAGCUUCUGCAGGUUCAGGAUAAACUGAAGCAGGAUGAACUCGGUUCAGAACAAGCAAACGCGUCUGUGCAAGAUGAACUGCUUCAACAAGUGCAACAGCUACAAGAACGACUGGAAUCAGUGACUCAGGAAAAUCAGCAGUUAAAGACAGAUGUUCAGGAGAAUGUGGAGAUGAUGAUUGAAAAUCAAGAAGAGCUGAGAGGGGCGCUGGCAAACAUUAAAGAGCUGAAGGAGAAAAUACGGGACUUAGAAGUACAGAGAGAUCAACUGGAGUCUAAACUCUCCCAGCUAGAGUGCAGUGAAGAUAAUCAACUUGUGGAGGAUCUAAAAACUCAGGUCAACCAGUUAAAUAAAGAACUCGAAGCUGUUUGUGAAGAAAAAGACCGUCUUCUGUCUGAGAACUCCAAUUCAAGUGACCAUACUGCUGCAGAGCUGGAGAGAGUCCAUGCGACCCUCACUGUUCUCGCCGAGGAACGAGACCAACUUCUGGACAUCCUGCAGGGACUGAGGGAUGAGAAGAGCCACUUGAAGAAUGACCUAGAGGAGAAAGAUGAGCUGAUCGUGCAGAUGAGAGAGGAGCUCCGGACAGCCGUGGCGGAGACAGACGGUCUGUGUGCGGCAAGCAAGGACUCAAUCGGCCAGGAUGUGAUGGACGCCGCUCAAGCCAACAUCACUGCUCUCGGGGAGGAAAGAGACCAGCUGCUGGAGAUACUGCAAGUCCUUAGAGAUGAGAAGAGCCAGCUGAAGAGCGACCUGGACGAAAAAGAGGAACAGAUCAUGCAGUUGAGUGAGGAACUUCAGUCAGCCUCGACACAGAGAGAUGAUAUUCUGGGUGUGGAGGGUAAAGACGACGUGGAGAACGCUGCACUGGAGACCAUUCAGGCCAGCAUGAGUUCUCUCGGUGAAGAGAGAGACCAGCUGCUGGAGGUUCUGCAGGGCCUGAGGGAUGAAAAGAGCCAGAUGAAGAGUGACCUGGAGGAGAAGGAUGACAUGGUUGUGCAGUUAAAUAAUCAACUUUGUUCAGUCGCUGCCGAGAGAGAUGAUCUUUUGUGUGCAAGAAGCCGAGACGACAUGGACGGUGCUGCGCUGGAGACCAUCAGGGCCGACGCCGCUGCUCUGAGUGAAGAGAGAGACCAGCUGCUGGAGAUACUGCAGAACCUGAGAGAUGAGAAGUGCCAGCUCAAGAAUGACCUCGUAGAAAAAGAUGAUCUGUUAAUGCAGUUGAGAACGGAGCUUCAGUCCAUUAGUUCUGAGAAGGAACUUCUACUGGCUGAACAAAUGAAACAUGAGCUGGACAACAAGACUGAGUUGGAGAGAUAUCAGGACAUCACAUCUCUGACCGAAGAGAAAGACCAGAUCAAAGAGGAGAAUAAACAGCUACAGACAGAACUAGAUGAGAUCAAGGACAAGGUGAUUCAGUUAAGAGAUGAACUUCAGUCUGCGACCACAGAGAGGGAGCAUCUUCUGUGUGAGAAAACCACCGAGAAUCUCGCUCACAUGUCUGUACUCGAGCAGAUGCGUACAGAUGUUUCUUCACUGAAUGAGGAGAGAGACCAGCUCCUAGAAAUCAUGCAGGGCCUGAGAGAUGAGAAGAACCAGCUGAAAAAAGAGCUUGAGGAGAUGGAAGACGUGGUGAUGCAGCUGAGGAAAGAAGUCCAGAGUUCUAAUGCCGAGAAGGAUCGUCUUCUGGCUGAAAAUGACAAAUGCAACCUGGAUAACACGGGCGAGCUGGAAAGACUUCAAGCAAACAUCACAUCGUUGACUGAAGAAAGAGACCGACUGCUAGAGCUUCUCCAGGGAAUGAGAGAGGACAAAAACCAGAUUAGAGAAGAGCUGGACAAGAAAGAGGAGCUGAUACUGCAGUUAAAGAAACUUCAGUGCAGUGCUUCAAACGACUCUGGAUCUUCUGCUAAUGUGAAUGAGGAUGACGUCCAGCUGCAAGAGCUACUCCAAGGAGUAAGAGAGCUCAUUCAAGUCCAAGGCAAACAGAAGCAACAAGAUUCAAACAAACCAAGUCUGGGGGAAAGACAAGAAACAGAACAUCAGCAGAUCCAGGCCUUGAAGGAUAAAGUCGAGACUCUAAAGAGCGAGAGAACGACACUCAGAAAAGAUCUUCAGGAAGCUGCUGAAAUGUCAAAAGCCUACCAGAACUUGCUCCACUCCACCAAGGAGGAGCUGAAGCAGCAGCAGAAGGAGAAUUCUGACCUGAUGGUCCACAGUGCUGAAAAGGAAGAGCAACUUCAGCAGCAGAUAUACCAAUUAAACACAGACCUUGAAUCUCUGAGCGAGCAACUUUUGGCUGUAAAAACCUCCGAGACGCAGAAUCUAAACACAGAGCUGCAGAAUCUCCAAACCCACAUUACUUCUCUCAUGGAGGAAAAAGAGAAAUUCCAAGAAAUGCUGGAAUGUACCAGAGAGGAAGGAGCUUCACUGAGGAAUGAGCUUAAAGAGAGUGAAGAGAGGAGACUCCGUUUGACUGACGAGCUCGAGUGUCUUGGUGGUGUUCAAGAUCAGCUUCUUCACGAGAAGACUCGUGCCGAUCAGGUCCGAGAGGAGAGAGACCAGAUCAGGAGAGAGCUGGAGGAAAGAGUAGACGAGCUGACACACACUGAAGAAAAAGUUCAGGGGCUUGAAAAGCAGAAUGUGCUUCUACAGUCUGAAGUCAGCUCUCUCAACCAGUCUCUUCAUGAGAUGAAUGAAAAUGCUGAUGUGGCAUCUAAUGAAAAUCGGGUCAAGGUGAUGUCCGAGAUCGAAACCUGUAGUGAGAAGCUUAAGACUGCCUUCUUGAAGCUCCAGACCAUCAUCGAUCGCCCAACACCGAAAGACUCUCUUGCUGAGGGAAUUAACAGGGAAUGGAGCUCGUUCUGUCAGCUGCUGCCUUUUAUUCCAAAGACUCAUAGAACAGUGUGCGCUAAUCUUACCGCGAAAACGACACAGCUGAACGACGUUCUUGUGAAAACAGCGGAGACCCUGAAGAGGCUGGCACAGCGGCACAAGUCCCACUUCAUGGUGCAGGUUCAACGUGACGUGGCUUCCUUUGAGGAGAGAAGGCUGCUGGACGUGCUCAUACGGCGAGCACAAACACCUUCACAAUCUCUCCAGACGCUCCAGGAGAACUUCCAGCAGAUCUGGGACCAGAGACUGUCUGAGUUGUUGGGAAGACGCAAGCUCUAUUUGCAGGACAUGAAGAGCAUUCUCGAGGUCCUGGAGGACGCUGCAGCCAAACACGCAGUCACGCUUUCAGAGGAACAUCAGGCCCAGAGUCGCGCCUACGAGGAGAUCAAGGCACUGAGCAGGACGGCUGACGCUGCUGCUAUAAUUCAGUUCUUCGAGCGAGAACUCGCACGCAGAGCAGCUUUGGUGGAUCGGCUGAGAGUUUUCCGUAAAGGUCUGCUGGACAAAUACGACUCUGCAGUCUCGACCCUGAAGUCACUGGAGGCUGAAUCCGAGCAGAGAUUAAAUGAGGAGAGACGUGAUAACCUGACACUUCUGGCCGCGAACAAUGUUGGGCAACCCAAAACUGAGGCUGAGCUCCUGCAGGACAAACAGCGGCUCACGCUCCAGCUACAACAGACACAAAAACAGAUGGAGGUUGUUCUAAAGAAAAUGGAGGAGUUGAAAACUCAGGAAGAUGUGUCCAACAAGAACCACGUCAUCAGGCUUCAAGAGCUGAACUCUGACCUGAAGGAAAAGGAAUACCUCAUCCAGAUCCUGCAGGCCAAGCUCAAAGAGACUGAGACUCUUGCCAAGGUGAAGAUGCCACCUAGUGCUGCUGAAAUGGAGGCCAUGAAAGACAAACUGAUGAAGAUGGAGCUGGACCACAUCGCUGUAACUACUGGUCAUGAAAAAGAGAUCACACAGUUAACCUCGGUGCUGGAGCACAGAGAGGAGGUGAAUCGCAAGCUGAAGGAGAAUCUCAGGAAAACCCAGCAGGAGGACGAGCGCUCAUUUGUGGAAGGAGAGGAACCUCAUCCUAAAGCAGGUACCCACACCAAAACUCAUGCUGGGCUCAAAGAGAAGAAGAUUGACGAGUUGGAGAGGAAGACUGCACACUUUGAAAGCCUUGUAAGCAAGCAGCAAGAAGAGAUCAGUAAAUGGAAGAGCCGAGCUUAUAAGCUGAGGGAAAGCAAAAAGGAAGCUCCUCAUUCCCCACGCACACCGAGCAAGAGACAUCCUCCACUGACAGAAACAGAAGUGAACUCCCCCAAGAAAGUGUUCCUCGACUCUCCAAAAAGCAAGUUCUUCGACGUCCGUGCUGGAGCAGAGGCCGUUUCGCUGAAGUGCCCCAAACAGUUCUUUGAUAACUCCAGCCUGGGAACCAUGCCAGAUCCUCCAGUCACCUCCAGUGGGGGAAAUGUGGACAGCUGGUUUCACAUUCCAAACUCUUCACCACGCAAGACAAACACUAACAUGGAUGCAAACGGAUGUCCAACACAGUGACCGUUGUUCUUAUUAUUAAUGUAAUUAUUUUAACGUUAACGUCUGUCCACUGUUUGUCUUCUGUUUUUGUGAUUUAAUUUUGUCUCGACUAGCAAACUUAAUAACCCUUUAUCUAACGUUUGAAUUAAAUAUGUUCAACUUGUUGCUUUUGCAACAAAUUUAUUACAUUAUACGUUGUAAUUUCUUAUGCUGAAAUAAAAUAAGAUUUUUUUUCUAUUA